AGGAAGGAGAACUAAAGUGUCCUGAGAUGUAAAGCUUGUUGUAAUGAAUGAGUGCAGCUCUCUCAGCAUGUUGUUGUGUUUGUGUGAAGGUGUGGGCUCUGCUAUGAAUCAGUGUGAGGACAGAGAGGAGGGAGUCCCUCCCUCUAAAAGCACUCUGUGUGGGGAACAUGACAGCCAGACCAAAGCUCAGAGCCCAGAGCAGCAGCAGGGACCAGACUCUGCUGGACCUGGACCUGUACCUGGACCCAGCUGUGUGUCCAUCAAGAGUGACUGGUCUAUGGGCAGAUCUAUUGAGUUCAAAGGUGGACACCACUCUGCUGAUCAAAGAGUUGAUGAGCAGAGCUCAGAGGUUCCCAGUGGUCAGUCUGCCCAGCAGCAUCAAACAGACCUGGACUCCAUAUUUAUGCUGCUCCAGGAAAACAUUGGCAGGUUUGUGAAGAACGAGGUGAAGAAGUUCCAGAGAGUUCUGGGUCCAGAUUACCCAGAAUGCUUAGAGAGUCAGAGGGAGGAGGAGGAGGUGUUGGACGUUGAGGAGGGGGAGCAGAGGAGGAGCAGCAGAGAGGCAUUUCUGAAGAUCACACUGCACUUCCUGAGGAGAAUGAAGCAGGAGGAGCUGGCUGAGCGUCUGCAGAGCAUCACUCUGGACUGGGCUGAAGACAAAGCCAACCAGGACAUACAGUUCACAUUUCCAUUCACUUUCAGAGAGCUGAAUGUGCUGAAAGAGAAAAAGUACAGCUUGGUGGAACUUGUUCAUCACUUCUUUACUGAAACCAAAGAAGCAGGAAUCUGCAGCUUUGAAGAGUUCCAGGUUGUGUUCAUCUUUGACGGUCUGGAUGAGUGUCGACUUCCUCUGGACUUCCACAACAAUGAGGUCCUGACUGAUGUUACAGAGUCCACCUCAGUGGAUGUGCUGCUGACAAACCUCAUCAGGGGGAACCUGCUUCCCUCUGCUCGCCUCUGGAUAACCACACGACCUGCAGCAGCCAAUCAGAUCCCUCCUGAGUGUGUUGACAUGGUGACAGAGGUCAGAGGGUUCACUGACCCACAGAAAGAGGAGUACUUCAGGAAGAGAUUCAGAGAUGAGGAGCAGGCCAGCAGAAUCAUCUCCCACAUCAAGACAUCACAAAGUCUCCACAUCAUGUGCCACAUCCCAGUCUUCUGCUGGAUCACUGCUACAGUUCUGGAGGAGGUGUUGAAAACCAGAAAGAGAGGUGAGCUGCCCAAGACCCUGACUGAGAUGUACAUCCACUUCCUGGUGGUUCAGUCCAAACUGAAGAACAUCAAGUAUGAUGGAGGAGCUGAGACAGAUCAGCACUGGAGUCCAGAGAGCAGGAAGAUGAUUGAGUCUCUGGGAAAACUGGCCUUUGAGCAGCUGCAGAAAGGCAACCUGAUCUUCUAUGAAUCAGACCUGACAGAGUGUGGCAUCGAUAUCAGAGCAGCCUCAGUGUACUCAGGAGUGUUCACACAGAUCUUUAAAGAGGAGAGAGGGCUGUACCAGGACAAGGUGUUCUGCUUCGUCCAUCUCAGCGUUCAGGAGUUUCUGGCUGCUCUUCAUGUCCAUUUGACCUUCAUCAACUCUGGUGUCAAUCUGCUGGCAGAAGAACAAUCAACCUCCCGUCGUUCUAAAGUCUUCAGAGACAAACCUAAACUAACACAUCUCUACCAGAGUGCUGUGGACAAGGCCUUACAGAGUCCAAAUGGACAACUUGACUUGUUCCUCCGCUUCCUCCUGGGUCUUUCGCUGCAGACCAAUCAGACUGUCCUACGAGGUCUGCUCACACAGACAGGAAGUAGCUCAAAGACCAAUUGGGAAACAGUCAAGUACAUCAAGAAGAAGAUCAGUGAGAAUCUGUCUCCAGAGAGAAGCAUCAAUCUGUUCCACUGUCUGAAUGAACUGAAGGACCGUUCUAUUGUGAAUGAGAUUCGAUGGUACCUUAGAUCAGGAAGUCUCUCCACAGAUAAACUCUCUCCUGCUCAGUGGUCAGCUCUGGUCUUCAUCUUACUGUCAUCAGAGAAAGAUCUGAACGUGUUUGACCUGAAGAAAUACUCUGCUUCAGAGGAGGCUCUUCUGAGGCUGCUGCCAGUGGUCAAAGCCUCCAACAAAGCUCUGUAG